GAGAAGGGAGGGAGGAAAACAGAUGCUGUCCAGAGCAGGCGGAAGAGGUGCAACAGGGCGAGGCUCAGGAGGAGAGCAGAGUGCGGAUCGCAACAUGUGGAUGGAGGACAGUGUUGCUCAGCUAUGAACACCAUGCUAAGUCCCAAGAUUAGACAGUCCAGGAGAGCCAGGUCUAAGAGCAUGGUCAUGGGGGAGCUCUCCCGCGGCUCCAGCAGGCCAUCGUCCCCCAGCCUCCAAGACAGGGCGCUGAAAGCAGGCUGGCUUAAGAAACAGCGCAGCAUCAUGAAGAACUGGCAGCUGCGUUGGUUUGUGCUUAGAACUGACCAGCUCUACUUCUACAAAGAUGAGGAGGAAACCAAACCACAGGGAUGUUUCCCGUUGCAGGGUAGUCAAGUCAACGAGCUGACAGCCAAUCCUGAUGAACCUGGGCGGCAUCUUUUUGAAAUAGUUCCAGGCUGUACAGGAGAGAAAGACAGAUCGGCUCUCAGCCAUGAGGCUUUCCUGCUCAUGGCAAACUCCCAGAAUGACAUGGAGGAUUGGGUCAAAGCCAUCAGACGUGUCAUCUGGGCUCCCUUUGGAGGAGUUAUCUUUGGCCAGCGCCUGGAGGACACAGUACAGUAUGAGAGAAAGUUUGGACCCCGACUGGCCCCUCUGCUGGUGGAGCAGUGUGUGGAUUUCAUACGGGAGCAGGGUCUGAAAGAGGAAGGUCUCUUUAGGAUGCCAGGACAGGCCAACCUGGUCAAAGAACUGCAGGAUGCUUUUGACUGUGGGGAUAAGCCUCUGUUUGACAGUAACACUGACAUUCACACAGUGGCGUCCCUCCUGAAGCUUUACCUCAGGGAGUUGCCAGAGCCUGUGAUCCCCUUUAAUAAAUAUGAGGACUUCCUAACCUGUGCACAGCUUCUGCUAAAAGAUGAAGAAGUGGGACUCAGUGAGCUUGUGAAGCAGGUGAACACUCUUCCUCAGGCUAAUUAUAAUUUGUUAAAGUACAUUUGCAAAUUCUUAGAUGAGGUGCAAUCACACUCGCAUGAGAACAAGAUGAGCGUUCAGAACCUCGCAACAGUUUUUGGACCAAAUAUACUUCGGCCUAAAGUAGAGGACCCUGUUUCAAUGAUGGAAGGAACCUCCCAGGUUCAGCACCUGAUGACGGUGUUGAUCAGUGAACAUGAGCGUCUGUAUGUGGGGACUGAGGAAGAUGUGUCUUCCGAACAGACAGGAAGUUGUCUUCCAGGUCUGCGAGGCAUGGCGGAGUGGAUCUCCGAUGAGGAGAUGCUGAACUGCUCAUCGCUGAGCCAGACGUCCAAAGUGGCAGAUAGUGUGUGUGGCAGUGCCACGUCUUUAGAUAUCAAUACAGGUGCCCCUACCAUUGCCAAAAUGACACCUCAGGGAAAAGCUGGGGUGACAGUCAGCCCCAGCAAACAAGCAAAAUCCCUCCCCUCCUGGAAGUACUCCUUCAAGAGCGGAGGGGUACGCGCUCAGCCUGCAAAAAUUGGGGGCUCAUCUGUGGACGUGUCCACCUUGCCCAGUACGGGCAACUGGUUGAUGAACGGGCUUUCCUCUCUGCGCAGCCACCGGCGUACGUCAUCCGGAGAGCGCAUGGGUAAGGAUUCAGCCCUGUCACACCGUCUGUCCACUUACGACAACGUGACCUCAUCCAGUCUCAGCGUACCCAGCGUCGCAAGCACGCCCUGGUCCACAUCCUCCUGUGAGAUCUUAGUGGCCGACUCUGUGGGUAGUGACCCCUCUGGACUGAACUCUGUGAAGGUGGACUGGUCAGCUGGAGGAUCUGUCCAAGGGCAAAGUGAAGACAGGAAUUCGGAGGUCACUGAGAGCAGCGAAGCACUGGAAAUGUAUGUGAGCAGUGCAGGCUGCAGUGAGAAUGGAAAUGGAGAAGAUGUGGUGAACGUCACAGGAGAUACUGAUAUUAGCAUGACAGCACUUAACGGCCUGGUAACAGAGCUGAAAGACGAGUUAAAGAAACAGAAGGCCAACUAUGAAACUCGAAUACGAAGGUAUGUGUGA